AUGCCCACCCGCAGAUCUCCAUCCCCAGCCCCCCCAGGGGCAGUUCUCCCGCACCCCCAGGCCCUCAUCCCCGCAGGAGUUUCUCACUCUCAAGGACCUCAUUCCCCGCCCCUCCAGGGGUCUCUCCACCCACUGGGGUCCCGUUCCCCGCCACCACCCCGCAGUGUCCUUCCUGGCAGGAAUCUACGACCCCCGCAGAACAAACCCUCCGCCCAGAGUCCCUUCUCUCUUCCCCAGCUCCCUCUUCGGCUCCGUUCUCGCCUUCCAGAGCCGCCGAGGAUCCCUCCCCCCACCACAAACCGUCUCCGGUCUCCACUCUCGGACCCGGGCAACCGCACCUCUCACCUUCAGCCGAAGAUGGUGGCGCCGGCGCACGUCCCCAGCCGCGACCACAGAACCGGCGCCUCAGUCCCAAACCCACCGCUGCCUCCGCCGGGCUCCUUUAGCACUGCUACUCCGGGCUGCCCCACCCACUCCCACCCUCAUUGGGCCAGCUCCACGCCCGUCACCACCGCCCCCAGACCCACUGGUCCGUUUGCGCGCCCAUCUCCAAGGGAAGACGUUAGCAACCCGAACGAAGCUACCUUCCCGAGGUCCGCUCCCUCCACCCACCUGAAACGAUGCUCAUUGGCUCCCGCUCCCAGACCAGGCGGCCGAGGCCCCCAUAUUAUAGGCUGA